UAGAAGAUAAUAAGUUUGAAGAAAUUCUAUUAUAUUAAAGAUUUGAUCAAGUAGAUUAUUUAGAAUUUUAUCAUAAUCAUUACUUCUACUUAUUUAACAAAAUUCAAAUAAUAGUAUAAAUUUAAAUUGAUAACUCAUUAAUCAAAAUUAUAAGAACAUGACAAAUAAACAAACUACUUAAAAUCAUAGAGAAUUUUGAAUAUGACAAAUGAGCAAAUUCAUUUUUCAAAUAAUAGUAUAUAUAAGUUUUAUAGUAGUUCAUUACCAAAAAAAAAAAGCAAAUAUCCCACAAAAUCGGAUAUUUCUCAACAAUUUCCAAGUCGUGAUGUUUUCACAAAUUUUGCUCAAAAAUGAAAAAUGUUUUUAAAAAAGAGAGUAAAAUACGUAGUCAAAUACAUUAAUUAUCCCUCAAGAAAUGGACAAGACUAACAGACCUCGAUGUCUCACUCUUUUUAAACUCCAAAGCCUCAAGCAUUCACAAGCCAUAAGAGCACAGAUAACCCUAAAAAAAAUAUAAAUCCCAGUAACUUUGAUUUCCAAGAACAUAUCAAUCCAAAAACAACAAAUGAGUCCAUCUAAGAAGAUCAUCACUCUUGUUACUAUUCUUGUUUCUUUUUUUCUGUUUUCAUGUGGGGUUUCAAGCACUGAACUUGAAGUUGGAGGAGAAGAUGGUUGGGUCGUACCUAAUUCUAACAAGACUCACGGAGAUAUGUUUAACCAAUGGGCUUCACACAACCGGUUUAAAGUUGGCGACACUAUCCGUUUCAAAUACAAGAAAGACUCAGUAUUGGUGGUGUCAGAAGACGAGUACAAGGAAUGCAAGGCAUCUAAACCGCAACUCUAUUCCAACAACCAAGACACGGUUUUCAAACUAGACCGUCCUGGUUUGUUUUACUUCAUCAGUGGUGUCUCGGGUCACUGUGAAAAGGGUCAGAAGAUGAUCAUUAAAGUCAUGGAGACCGAGUCUUCGCCAGAUUCUCCUCCUCCUUCCUCUUCUUUUUCAUCUCUUCCGGCUUCAACUCACAAGAAGAGCAGUGCAUUGAAAACUGCUGUCCAGUUCACUAGUUCCGGCUUUGUGGUUCUUAUUGUUUCGGUUUUGGUUUGGCAUUAGGUCAGAUUUUUGUUCCGGUUUAGCUUUCCAAAUAACUACACUGACCGAACCGGUCUAGGUUUCAUUCAACAUGUACUUUUCUUGUAGGUCUCAUAUUACCCAAUUAUGUGAUUCUUUA